AUGCCCAGGGAGGUCGUCCGCGGUCAAGUGCUCGCGUUGCGAAAUGCUGGCCUCUCCUACAACAAGAUCGCCACCCAGCUUCACCUCCCACGUUCUACAGUGAUCAGCAUCACCCAACGUUUCUCGGGAAGGGCGACGACGAGCGACAGCCCCCGCCCCGGUCGCCCCAGCAAGCUCAAGUCAUUUCACCGCAACAACAUUGUAGCACAGAUCCUCCUCGAUGAGUCCGACACCGCAUCCGAAGUGGCCGCCACUAUGCGCACAUUGUCCAAACAUUGGACCGUCGAUGACUGGCUGAGGGUCGUCUUCUCCGACGAGACUGCUCUCUAUCUCUACAGGAACAACAACGGUGGUCGUGUAUGGCGUCUGGUUGGCGAAACGUUGACCGAUCGAUGCGUGCAGGGCACGGUCAAGUUCGGCGGUGGCCAUAUCAAUGUUUGGGGCGCCAUCUCUCGUUUCGGAAUUUCGCUUUUCUGCGAGGUCGGCGACGUCAUGAACGGCGACACCUACCUCUCAGUUUUGGAGAGCGAGUUGCUAGCAAGCAUUCGCGUAAAAGAUGUGGCGAAGUGGUUCGAAACCAAUCAGAUCACCGUCCUGGACUGGCCUGCGAACUCUCCCGACCUCAACCCCAUCGAAAAUGCGUGGAACAUGGUCAAGAACAAGAUCUACCAGGAGAGGGAGAUCAAGAGCAAGGCCGCGUUGUGGGAACGCUUCCAAGCGGUCUACGAAGAAGUGCUCACGCCAGAGGUCUGCCGCGAUCUCAUUUCAUCGAUGCCGCGCCGCAUUCAAGCUGUGAUAGAUGCCAAUGGUGGUUAUACCAAGUACUGA